AGUAGAUUAGACUUUAUGCUUUUCUGCUUGAAAACAGACAUCAUCCCAUUUCCAGCUCUUCCAUUGUUUUAAUUGUUAGAUCUGCAAGGGGAGUGUAAGGACUCCAGCUUAUCAGGCAGUUGGAAGGAUGAGUGUUAAGUACCAUGCAUCCAAAAUGGGCAUUGAGGAGAAUAAAAUUGCCUACCAGCAGUUUUUUGAAGAUGGCAAUCAACUUCGCUCUGCAGUUUAUGCAGUGAGAAACAGUCCUUUCAAGGUUGCCACAGUGUGCCUCGGGUUGCUGUGUGUUCUCCUUUUGGCUGGGGUCAUAGGUCAAAGUGUCCACUAUCAAAAUGUGGAGCGAGACUAUCAGAACAGCUCAAAAGCCAUGAUCAGUGAGAAAGAGAAUCUGAAUCAGAACCUGAAAAACGUGCAAAAAGAGAGGCGGGAUAUUCAGUCGAGCUAUAACCGGUUACAGGACAAUUACAACUUUGUAUCUCAAAGGAAGAACCAGAUACAGACCAAUUACAAUUCACUGAUGGAGGAAAAAAACCAGCUUAGACAAGACCAAAUCCAGUUAAAGAACAGCAAUGCUGCUUUAAACCAAGAGUUAGCACAGCUAAAAAUUCUUAGAAGCCAGUUGCAGUCGAAUAAUGAUAUUCUGACUAAAGGCAAAGACUUGCUACAGAAACAAUAUGAUUCACUCGUCAAAACCAGAACUGACUUACAGGCCAGUUAUGACUCUGUGACCAAAGACAGGAACAACUUACAGAACAAAUUCAACAAUGCAACCAGAUCAAAGGAGCAGCUGCAGAUAAGGUACAAUGACUUGAUUAAGACAGUAGAACAUUUGCAGGAAAGAAACAACUUCUCCACCAGCGAGAAGGACACGUUAGCAAAAGGUCACCAAAAUCUGACUGCACAAAUGGAGGUGCUGCAGACUUCCUUCAAUGUGAUUAAAAAAGCAGAAAAUGAUCUGCAGGCUACUUAUCGCGCAUUGGUUAAGGAAAAAAAUGACCUCGAAAACAAUUUCAAGAAUGUAACAUCAGAAAGAGACCUGCUGAAGGUGAAUAAUGAAAACCUGACUGCCGAGAGAGAAAAGCUGCUGGAGGAGAUUAACAGACUGAAUGCAACAAUGCAAGAGAAGAAAUGCCCCACUGGCUGGAAGAAGUUUGAGUACAGCUGCUACUUCACGUCAGUGAGCAAGAAAACCUGGGAAAGGAGCAGAGCCGACUGCCAAAACAGAGGCGCAGACCUGGCAAUAAUCAAAAGCAGAGAGGAAAUGAGUUUCAUCAAUACCUUGUAUAGCAGUGACAAAGAAGUCUGGAUUGGAUUGACUGAUGAAAGAGCAGAGGGCCAGUGGAAAUGGGUGGACGGGACUCCACUGACUACAACGUUUUGGGGUAAAGGUCAGCCCAACAGCUAUGACGGGAGGAACCAGGACUGCGUGGAGUUCUGGCACCGUGCAACAGGCAACGGUGACUGGAAUGACGAGAACUGUAAUAUUGAACAAAACUGGAUCUGUGAGAUGUAGUUUUCCUGCACAAAAGACCUUUGAAAAGCAAUACCCGAUACUGUCUGAUACUAAAAUCAUAGCAACUUUAUUAUGUGACCAGUUUCAUUUCAGAGUCCAGCUGAUGCUGGAGCGAAUACACGCUGGUGUUUUGAAGAAUCUGCCUAGUUACUAUAAUGUGGGCCCAUGAAUAUUAUUGAAACUAUCAUCUUAGUUUAGUAACAAAUUUCUGACUGAUGACACAUUUGUUAACAGAUUUUUUUUUAAUAAGUGACAAUUAAUAAGCAUUUAUUAAAAUGCCUUUACAAAGACUUGUACUCUUUUUAUUAUCACUUAAUGAUGCUGUACUUUACUUUGUACUGCACUGAUUUUUUUUUAUCUUGUUCUUUAGGUUUUAGAUAAUCACCCAUGUAAUCAAAUGCAAUGGAAAUUAAAUAUCACAGCUUGCACCACUUUUGUAAUAAAUUAUAUUCAAAGA